CCAAACACCACCGCCGGUGGCUGCCUCGGUCCACCUUUUGACUCGUUUCGUUUCGUUUCGUUUCGUUUCGUGUCGUUUCGAUUGGUUGGAAUCGAUUGGGUUGGAUUCCAUUCGUUCGCCAUGGAGCAGGGCGAAGCACGCGUCUCCGCGGAGGCAGAAGGGACGAACCAAACCCCCAACCCCGAUGCGGGAAAAGACACGCAGCAACAACAACAGCAGCAGCAGCAGCAGCAACAGCAACAACAACAACUACUACUACAGCCACAAAGACAAGAGCCGUCCCUGCCUUCGUCUCCUCCUCCCCGGGAAGAAGCCAUUGCCAACGCCACAGCGAUUGCCACAGCGAUUGCCACGGCCAUUGCCACCAAAGACCAGCCACCGGUGGCAAAAGAAACGACAACGACAGCGACGAGGACAACGAUGGCGGCAGCGGCACCCACGGGCCCUGCCCCUCCGCUGCCGGAAGCCUUCCCCGAACCGGCAGCCCCCAAACCGGCAAUCGAGCCCCUGCCCCCCAGGUCCGCCCCGGAGCUCUACGCCGAGGACCGCCGCCGCAGGAAGACCACCGGGGCCCUCGUCCCUUGCGGGGAACAAUCCUUCGCCUCCCUCGGCCCCGAGGACCGGCAGCACUGGAAGAUCGCCGAAGCCAGGGACGCGCUGCGGUACCACACCGAGUGCCUCGAGGCCAUGAGCACCAAGACCGGGACUCCCGGAAGGACUCCCGGAAGGACUCCCGGUGGCACCAGAGGCGCGAGCGGGGGGACCCCGGGGGGGAGCUCCCCCCCGCGCAAGCCAGGCGGGAGGAAGCGCGGGAGGCCCCCUUCCGAACCGAACCAGAAGCCUCCCAAGAAGCAUCCGACCGCGGGCGCGGGCCACAGGCUUUCCCUGGCCAAGAGCUCCUUUUCCGACUUUUUGCUCGAGCUGCUGUGGUUCCGGGUGGAGAAGGGCCACUGCCGGGUGCCCGUCAAGAAGGGCGGGGCCCUCGGCAAGUGGGUCGACCGGCUCCGGAAGGAGUACAAGAAGCUCGGGCCGGUCGCGGUGGAGGGGAGCACUUUUGCCGCCACCGAAGGUGGUUCGGGGCCUCCUCCCUUCGACGUGACGAUCGGGGACCGCGGUGUCUACCUGGCCAACGCCUUUGGCCGGGGCCCGGGGCCGGCGAACGACCCCUCCGGGGAGGCCCUUCCGCCGCACGGCUGCCACGGGCCGGUCGGCGAGAACGUCCGGCUCGAUUGCUAUGCGCCGAGCGACCUCUCGCCGACCGGAAGCAGGGGCAACACGAACACGAACCACAGCAGCAGCAACAGCAACAGCAGCAAGACCGGUGGCACCCACCGGUUCGACCGCAUCAAGGUUUUGGCCUUUCUGGGAAUGGUAUGGGAAUUCCCCAACGAGGACUACGAGGAAAUAUGGCAGAAGCACUUUCGGGACCUGUUGGCCUACAAGGCGACCCACGGGUAAGUGAGUGAGUGGGUGGCUGGCUGGGCUUGGGUCUGCAAACCGAUGCGUUGCGUUGCGUUGCCGCAACGCGACGUGAUGGGCCCGCGAAAAUGAUUUCCUUUCCAGGAGGGGCUUCGUUCCUGGCACCCAUCUCCGUCUCGUUUUGGCGUCGGUUGGUUGGUUGGUUUCUUUGUCUCUUUGUGUUGCUGCCCUGCCCUGCCCUGCCCCACACCGAGUUGUGUUGUGUUGUGCCUUGCGCUCACUCUUUUCGAAUCUUUUUUCUCGGCAACGAAACCGUACCAUUGCACUGGCGGCGACAAACAAACCCACUGGCGGACGGACACAUUGGAACCAAAUGUGCAACGUGCGUUGCGUUGCGUUGCACGCAUUCGGUGCUGUUCGAAUUUGAUACCACUCGAACCACGCCACCUGUCUCGGUGCAUGCACGCAACAUUUUUCCACGCCACGCCAAUCCCAUACCAUACCAUCGCAUCCCAUCCAACCCCGGCUCGCUGGCUCGCUUCCAGGAACUGCAACGUUCCGCAGAAGGGAUACGGAAGGCUUUCCUGGUGGGUCAAGAUCCAGCGCGAGCUGUACGUCAACACGAUGGGGCAACAGAAAACGACCAGGGCGGGGGCUGCAGGCCACACGCCGUCCUCCGGAAAGACGCUCCGGCCCCGCCAGACGAUCCCCCCGCACCGCAUCCAGCAGCUCGAGGAGAUCGGCUUCGAGUGGCGGGUACGGCCCCCGGCCCUCAAGUGGGAGGAGCGCUACAAGGAACUCGUGGAAUACAAGCGGGCCUUUGGCGACUGCAACAUCCCGCAGAACUACCCGCCCAACCGCGUCCUGGGAAAGUGGGUCAUGAAGCAGCGGGGGUACUACUACGACAAGGUCCGCUCCAAGAAGUCCCCCCUCACCGACGACCGGCAGGCCAAGCUAGAGGAAAUCGGAUUUUGCUGGGUCGCCCCGCACGUCGCCAAGACCAAGGCAAAGCUCCCGCUGCGGGAGCACGUCGUCCUGGAGCAGCGCAGGGCCCGGGACGCCCUGUCGGCCAGCCUGAUGG